GGACCAGACGAGGGCCUUUCUGCCAUAAGUUGUUUAAUAAUGGCAUGCAGUUUUUUUUUUUUUUUUUUUUUAAAUGGGCAAGUUGUUGUCAAGGACUGCAGACUGAGUAUGCGGGAGGCGCUGUGCUCUGAAUGAGAGGCAGUGGUGCGAAGAAGAGAGAAAAGAUCUUCAGACAGACACUGAGAGAGUUCAAAUACAACACAGCACAAUGGCAGAGGGAGAAUUCAAAACAGCGAAACAUUUACCUAACAAAACAGCUAGCUCCACACAGGACUCUCUACAGGACUCCUCAAAAGUCUUUAAGGCUGCAAGCUUUACAGAAGAAUACAAACCACUUCCCAGAGCCACACACUUGUCGUCACUGCUCACGACUCUUUCUCCCAAGUGCCCGAAAGAAAAACGGAGGGUGACUUUUCUCGAGGACUACAAAAACAUCAAGACUUCACACAAAGAUUUGUGUAUAGAUAGCACCAGUCAAGUGGAGGAGGAUACAUGCUCAAAGAAACAGGCCAUUUUGACAAGACCCUCUCCAGAAAGAUCAGACAAGAUACUUCAGGGUCAUGAUCUUAGUGAGCAAACACAGACUAAAUGCCAGAGCCCUAACAAGUGGUCAUUCACGUUAGACGCUGCUCCGCACACACUCAAUAGCAUAGCACACUUCCAGACAGAGAUGGAGGCCAGCAUCAAUAGACUACUUCAACUCACCACCGAUCUGGAAAUAGCAACUAUUGUUCCAGAUAGAUCUGCAAUUGCCUAUCAUGCCUGUGGUGAGUCUCAGCUGUGGAAUGCCUUUCAGCCAAAUCUCACUGAAGACAGACCUCUAGAGGUGGAAGGCUAUACCAGCGCACUAAAGCCAAAGCAGUGUGUGGAAGAUAAAACUAUCAACUUAAUGGCUCCACCAGCAUCUGUCUCUCCCUUAGGCCUGAAGAAAACACAGCAGCCCACUUCUCCCUUAGACCACAACAGACAGAUCGUUACAUCACAACCAAUGACUCACAGUCAAGAGGAAACCACUGAAACCAGCAAGGUGUCUGGAUUGUCGGGGGUUGGCAGCAGCUCUCUGUGUGAUAGUCCUCUACUCCCUCCCCACAUCUCUGAGCUGUCUGCCGUACUGAGAGGCCUACUGGAUCUCGUCGACAGGCACUGGAGUGGCAACUUCUCCCUUCAUCUCAACCCCAACUUUCUAGAACAAGCCUACAGUAUCCUCUCCAAACUGAAGUCAUCCUCCCAUAAAGAGACAGAGGAGAAAAGGGACGUAGGUGGUAAUGAAAGUGUAACAAUACAUGAGAAAAGAGAAAAGAGUCACGAUUGCACUGAAGUUGGUCAUCUGCAGGGGACAUUGACCCAGAAAUCACAACUGACAUGUCUUCAGAAACAGCUUGUCACAGCCCUGAUGGACAACAUCAAGUUAAAGCAUGAGAUACAUAAGUUGAGAGAAGACAACUCCUCCUGGAAUAACAUUGACAGACAAUGGCAGAGUUGUUUGCAACUGCAAGGGAAAGUGCUGGAGGCUGAAGAGAAACAUUUGAAGGAGUUAAAAGACUCAAUGGACAUCCUACAAGCAACUCACAGGUCUCUACAGCGCCUAUCUCUGACAAGAACUGGAAGACAAGCCAUGAAGCCACCGCCUGAUGAUGGGGACGGCCUGCCUACAGACGCUUAUGAUGAGACUAUAUAAAAUAAAGUGAA